GGUAUAUGCCGAUUUGGUGGCCUCGACAUGUGAAUAUGCUAAUGUCCUUCUUUCCAAGUUCCAACUCUUUGUUGGCUUGUCUCUUGGCCACGUCUUAGUUUCAUUGCCCCCGCACCGGCCACUCUUGCGCAUGGCCACCGUCGCGCUGAGGGGAAUGAGAUUGCUACAUGUGGCCAUGUACGCUACUUUCAGCUCAGGUAUGUACUUAAUGUCUCGAUUGAAUCAAGGAAGAUCAAGCAAAUGUCGGUGACCUGCCCAUGUGCUUCGGAUGGAGCUCGCUCUGACGUCUAGCCCUUCUCCCGACGUAUAAAACUCUUACACGAUGAAAUUCACACUGGCCGUUGCUCUUACCUCUGCCCUUGCCCUCCCAGUGUUUGCGGUACCCGCAAAUGUUACAUAUGACACUGCGUACACCAACCCCAAUUCGUCCCUCGCUAACGUCGCGUGUUCUGACGGCGCGAACGGUCUUUUGACCAAGGGGUAUACCACCUUCGGCUCCAUUCCUUCGUUCCCCAACAUCGGAGGUGUUCCAGGUGCCACCUGGAACUCCACCUUGUGCGGCACCUGCUGGAGCCUCAAAUACACCACGUCCUGCGGCGUCCAAACUACCAUCUUCAUCACUGCCGUCGAUGCUGCUUACACAUUCAACGUCUCCCCGCAAGCAUUCAAUAAUUUGACCAAUGGCACUGACGUCGGGACCGGCAAAGUUGCUGCCGAAGUCACUCAGGUCGCCGCGAGCAACUGUGGCAUGUAAUAGCAAGCAAUUACGCUAAAGGGUUUUCUGGUACGCUGGAAACGGUUGAAAGCAUCGAACAAGAGGUUCUUGAGUCUUUGGUUGGGGGGGGCAGCUUGUAU